AUGCCCCCGGGGGCCAUGGAACCAAACCAGACUCAGAGGAGGGAUGCCCCCGGGGGCCAUGGAACCAAACCAGACUCAGAGGAGGAGGGAUGCCCCCAGGGGCCAUGGAACCAACAUGGAACCAAACCAGACUCAGAGGAGGAGGGAUGCCCCCCAGUUGCCAUGGAACCAAACCAGACUCAGAGGAGGAGGGAUGCCCCCGGGGGCCAUGGAACCAAACCAGACUCAGAGGAGGGAUGCCCCCAGGGGCCAUGGAACCAGACAAGACUCAGGAGGAGGGAUGCCCCCAGGGGCCAUGGAACCAACAUGGAACCAAACCAGACUCAGAGGAGGAGGGAUGCCCCCCGGUUGCCAUGGAACCAAACCAGACUCAGAGGAGGAGGGAUGCCCCCGGGGGCCAUGGAACCAAACCAGACUCAGAGGAGGGAUGCCCCCAGGGGCCAUGGAACCAGACAAGACUCAGGAGGAGGAGGGAUGCCCCCAGGGGCCAUGGAACCAAACCAGACUCAGAGGAGGGAUGCCCCCAGGGGCCAUGGAACCAAACAAGACUCAGGAGGAGGAGGGAUGCCCUCAGGGGCCAUGGAACCAAACAAGACUCAGGAGGAGGAGGGAUGCCCCCAGGGGCCAUGGAACCAAACCAGACUCAGAGGAGGGAUGCCCCCGGGGGCCAUGGAACCAAACCAGACUCAGAGGAGGGAUGCCCCCGGGGGCCAUGGAACCAAACCAGACUCAGAGGAGGAGGGAUGCCCCCAGGGGCCAUGGAACCAACAUGGAACCAAACCAGACUCAGAGGAGGAGGGAUGCCCCCGGGGGCCAUGGAACCAAACCAGACUCAGAGGAGGGAUGCCCCCAGGGGCCAUGGAACCAGACAAGACUCAGGAGGAGGAGGGAUGCCCCCAGGGGCCAUGGAACCAAACCAGACUCAGAGGAGGGAUGCCCCCAGGGGCCAUGGAACCAAACAAGACUCAGGAGGAGGAGGGAUGCCCUCAGGGGCCAUGGAACCAAACAAGACUCAGGAGGAGGAGGGAUGCCCCCAGGGGCCAUGGAACCAGACCAGACUCAGAGGAGGGAUGCCCUCUGGGGUCAUGGAACCAAACCAGACUCAGGGGAGGGAUGCCCUCAGGGGCCAUGGAAAAAACAAGACUCAGAGGAGGAGGGAUGCCCUCAGGGGCCAUGGAACCAGACAAGACUCAGAGGAGGGAUGCCCUCAGGGGCCAUGGAACCAGACAAGACUCAGGAGGAGGUAUGGAGUGUGUGUUUUGA